AUGUGGCUCCAUGCUGGUGCCCUGUCCUCCUUCCUGCCUGUUGGGAAUGCCUGGAAAUCCAGCACUUUCUUUCCUUCCAUCACCAGGCACUGUGCUGAGAAGGCUUCAUUAUUUGGUUUUUUAGUCAUCACAAAAUCUGGGCGGGGACACAUCAGCCCCACUCUGUACAUAGGGAAGUUAACCCCUAGCUCACACUCGGUUUCCUUGGGAACAAGGAAGGGUCAAAGUCACAUCCAACAGCGUCCAGAGGCCACGCCCUUCUCAUCACCAAGCCUCUGUACCGGGGACAUUUACGCCUUCCCAGUGCUGGUAGACAAGGAGUGUGGCCCAGGAUACAUCCUGUCCCUCGGAUGGAGCCUGGCACAGCGCCCCUUCACGGAGCUUUGCGACAACGCCCUGCCAGACCACACUGCCUCUCUGCCUGGUUGGCACAGUGCAGAGAUCCUAGGCCCGGAGGACCCCUCUCUCUUGGUGCCACCCUGGACCGACCACAGGCACCGCGCCUUUGCCCAAGAUGGUGCUGGUCUGAAGCCCCGAGGAGCGUCUCCACCCUCUGGAGGCCCCCUGUCCCUCUUCCCAUCUCCCCUAGCUCUGCUCGUGCAGGUUCCCUGUAUAUUCGCUCAUCAUCUCCUUUUGGUCGCCCAAGAAGGCCUUGUGAGAGAAAAAUACACUGGCCCCAAAGACCCCGAGAAGCCUCACUCUUCGCUGUGCCCUUAGCCAGCUGCUGAGAGGCCCAGAGAGGGUCUGUGCACCACGGAGGUCACACAGCAAAUGCAAGAGCUCCGCAUUGGCAUCUGGAUACUUCCGCUCUCCAAAUGGACACAUUUCUGCUGGACAUCCAGCCCCCCGUGGUGGGGGGGUCAGUCCUGGCAGGCAGAAAGGGAUUCUGCAGUGGAGAACAAGCCGCCAGCAUGGGAGGAAGAGAGCAGGUGACCUGAAAACCAUCUCAGAGCUGGAGCGCCCCCUCCCCUUGCUGCUGCUGUAGGAGUGGCCUCUCUCCUCCAGCCGGCCGCCUGCAGCUUCCUCCUGCUGUGAGGAGAUGCGCACCAUACCCUUGCCCGCCAGCUCUUUGCUGUGCCCUUCACAUCCGGUGGGUGUCAGGCCUGGAAGACCUGGGCUGUCAGAAACAUCCCCAGCCUUGCAGUGGGCUGAGCUGCUCAGACGGCUGCUGUACUGCUCUGGUUCCGCCCUGCACACUGGGGCAACUCCUGUCUCACAACGGGUU